AUGCGCAAAGAAGCGUCCUCCAGUUACACGAGCGCGAUCUUGGUCAAGAGUAAAGAGGAGGAAAAUGCCAAAGAGCUGGGUAGCGCGCCCUGGACCAAGAAUGACCGGGACAAAGAUGACAUGGAUAUGCUCGAGAAGGGCAAGACGGAAGCAAGCAGCGAGACUUUCUGCUUCCACUCCGAAGACGAGAUCCUCUACAAGCAUGCGCUGAAGUGUUGCAACUACGAGUACGGUAAGGCGAUGAAGGCACAGGCGAUGUAA